GUGAUCCAAAAACAUCAAAAUAACCCCCCCCCCACCUGAUAAAAAUGGAUCACAAUAUUCAAUCUCAACAUUGUGAUGGUGAAAAUAAUUUACAAACAUCAAUCGAUGAAGAUUCAAUUAAAGAAAUGAUACCAAAUGUUUCAUCAAAUCGUUUAACAAUAAUGGAAAAGAAAUUUUUAUUGGCUGUUGAACGUGGUGAUCUACCGGCUGUGAAAAGGAUAAUCUGUCAUAUGAAUUCAUCGGAUAAAUUAUUCAAUAUAAAUUGUCGUGAUCCAUUAGGUAGAAGUGGUCUACUGAUGGCAAUCGAUAAUGAAAAUAUUGAAAUGAUAAAAUUAUUACUGAUGGCUGGUGUUGAAAUGAAAGAUGCCCUUUUACAUGCUAUAAAUGAAGAUUUUGUUGAAGCAGUUGAAUUAUUGUUGGAUCAUGAAGAUCAAAUUCAUGAACCCGGGCAACCAAAUUCAUGGGAAGCAUUUGAACGUGAAACAUUUACCAAUGAUAUAACACCAUUAGUAUUAGCUGCACAUCGUAAUAAUUAUGAAAUUGUUAAAAUUAUUUUGGAUCGUAAUAUAUCACCAAUACCAAUACCACAUGGUGCUCGAUGUGGUUGUAAACAAUGUCGAUUGGCAAGUAAACAAGAUUGUCUUCAACAUUCACGAUCGCGGAUUAAUGCAUUCAAAGCAUUAUCAUCACCAUCAUUGAUAGCGUUGAAUAGUAAAGAUCCAAUACUUACUGCAUUUGAUCUUAGUUGGCAACUGCGACGAUUAAGUUUUUUGGAACCAGAAUUUAAACAAGAAUAUCUACAACUACGUAAACAAUGUCAAUUAUUUGCAACUGCUCUAUUAGAUCAUACCAGGACUAGUGAAGAAUUGGAAAUAUUAUUAGAUUAUGAUCCGGAUCGUGAUCCAUUAGAAGAUCAUGAACGUUUACAAUUAUCACGAUUAAAAUUAGCCAUACAAAUUAAACAGAAAAUGUUUUGUGCACAUGCAAGUGUUCAACAACUUUUAGCAUCAAUUUGGUAUGAAGGUUUACCCGGUUUUCGACGAAAAAAUAUUGUCAUACAAAUCACACAAUUAAUCGGUAUUGGAAUAUUAUUUCCAUUUUUAUCGAUAGCAUAUAUUCUUGCACCAUAUUCUACGGCUGGAAAAUUUAUCAAAAAACCAUUCAUUAAAUUUAUUUGCCAUUCAGCAAGCUAUGUUACAUUUUUAAUUUUAUUAAUGUUAGCAUCACAACGUAUUGAAUCGAAUAUAUUUGGCAUUAAUCCAAUUGAAAAUAUUAACAUUACAACGAAAAGAGGAUCAUUACCAUCAUACAUUGAAUUAUGCAUUUUGGCAUGGGUAUUUGGUUUGAUUUGGAGUGAAAUUAAACAGUUAUGGGAUCUUGGCAUUAGUGAAUAUCUAAGUGAUAUGUGGAAUAUAUUGGAUUUUAUUAAUAAUUCAAUAUAUGUUGCAACAAUCGCCUUGCGUAUUAUUGCCUAUUAUCAAACACAAAAAGAAAUUAUUGAAGGUUUACCAUCAUUUCAAUAUCAACGUGAAAAUUGGGAUGAUUUUGAUCCAAUAUUAUUAUCCGAAGGAUUAUUCGCUACAGCAAAUAUAUUUAGUUCAUUAAAAUUAGUUUAUAUAUUUUCAGUAAAUCCAUAUUUAGGUCCAUUACAAAUAUCACUUGGUCGUAUGGUUAUUGAUAUUUUAAAAUUUUUCAGUAUCUAUUUGUUAGUAUUAUUUUCAUUUGCAUGUGGUAUGAAUCAAUUAUUAUGGUAUUAUGCUGAUAUGGAAAAACAAAGUUGUUUUAUUCAACAAGAUAAAACCAAUGCAUUGAAUGAAUCACAAUUAAUGAUUAAUGAAAUUUUACAUCCAAAUGCAUGUCUAGCAUGGAGACGUUUUGCAAACCUGUUUGAAUCAACGCAGACAUUAUUCUGGGCUACGUUUGGUCUAAUCGAUUUGGAUAAUUUUGAACUAACCGGCAUUAAAAGCUAUACAAGAUUCUGGGGUCUAUUAAUGUUUGGUGUUUAUAGCAUCAUUAAUGUAGCUGUCCUGCUAAAUUUACUUAUAGCAAUGAUGAAUCAUUCGUAUCAAUUGAUCAGUGAACAAGCUGAUACGGAAUGGAAAUUUGCUAGAAGUAAAUUAUGGAUAAGUUAUUUUGGUGAUGGUGCUACUGUACCACCACCAUUCAAUAUAAUACCAACACCUAAAACAAUUUUGAAUGCAAUUGUUUGGUUGGCAAAAUUAUGUUUAGGUAAAACUAAACGUGGUAAAAAUGAAGCUUUACGUACAAUCAAACGUAAACAACGUCGAGCAUAUGAACGAGAUUAUAAAUAUCAUAAAGUUGUGCGAGCAUUAAUACGACGUUAUAUUAUGAAUGAACAACGAAUUCAAGAACGACAACGUGGUGUUACCGAAGAUGAUUGUAAUGAAAUUAAACAAGAAGUUAGUGCAUUACGUUAUGAUCUAAUGGAAAUGCUUGGAUCAAACAAUCGACGUUCAAAAAAUGGUGUCGAUACAAUGUACAAUAAUGGUAUUAAUAGUAAUUGUCAUAUGGGAAAGAAAAGCCGUCAACGUGAACGACGAUUAAUGAAAGGAUUUAAUUUUGAUCAUCCUAUUAUUGAAAAUAAUGAUAAUAAUAAUCAAGAUAUUAUGACCAGUUUUGAUAUAAAUGAAGAAUUUGAAGAUAAAAGUUCGACAAAUAUUUCUGAUUCACAGAAAACAUCGAUACAUUCACCGACAAGCGUGAUAAAAAAUAAAUUCUAUCGAACAGCACAGAAUUUGGUACAGAAUAAAAAAACCAAUUUAAAAUGGCGACAAAUGAUUGAAUUAAAACGUGAAAAAACGAAAACAUUUUCACGUAGUCAAGAUUCGAUUGAAAGUGAUGCAACAUUAAAUACUGAUGGUAGUUACGGUAAUAACAAUAAUCCUACAACCACCAGCAUCGAUAAUCGAUUAAUGAUUGAUGCAAAUAUUAAACGUCAAAUAUUUGCUGGUAAAUUAGAUUCAAUGUCAUUAAGUCAACCUAUCAUUCAACAACAACAACAACAACAAAAUAAGAUUGAUAAUCAAACAAAAAUGAUUGAUUCAUUUUCAAAUGAAACAAUUAAAUCACAAUGUAAUAGUAAAACUACUACUACAGAUGAAGAUUCACAUUGGUUAUAAAGAUUAUUUCAUUAUUUUUUUAAAAUUUUUAUUUCAUUUGUGUAAAUAU